CUUGCAGAGAAAAUUUCAUUUCCAAAUAAUAACAAUAAACAGAGUCAUUAAAAUAUUAAAUAAUCAAUUGUAAUAAUUUAUAUUACUGGUUAAAACAUAAAUCGUUUUCAUUCUUUUCAGUCGAAGCAAACGCAGCGGACGAAUCAUAACUAGUUACCUACGUCUGAACUUUAUUGCGAGAAGUCAUCCGGUUGUCAAUUUUUUAUUAAAGAAUACCACAGCUGCUCAAGAAUUGCGUUCAUCUCAUUGAAUUUAACACGUUUUAAUUUAUAAACACUAACUCGCAGUAAACAAAAUUUACCAACAAUAUUAUGAGUGACGAUCCAAAAAAUAUGGCACUCGCCACAAAUUUAGAAGCGUUAAGCUUGGCAAAUCAUGAUUUUUCAUUUUCUUUGUACAAGGAAUUGGCCAAAACUGAAAAAGGAAAUAUUUUCUAUUCUCCUUUCAGUAUCCAUGUCAUCAUGUUUAUGGCUAGUAUUGGAGCAGCUUCAAAAACCUUUGACGAAAUGAUUGCCACUAUUCAUUUAAAUAAAACUACUCAUUCUCUGGAAGCUUAUAGGAAUUUAUUGGAAGACUUAAUAAGUGAAAAUGAUAAUCUGAAACUGGCGACUGGAAUGUUUGUUGAUACUGCUUUCAAUGUUAAAGAUAGUUUUGUGGAAAACUCCAAAAAAUACUUGAAAUCUUCCAUGGAAAAAUUGAAUUUCAAGAAAGACCCAGAACAACAGCGUCAAUAUUUAAAUAAUUGGGUCUUAAACAAAACCAAUAACAAAAUCAAAGAUUUAUUUCCCAAAGACUCCAUUAAUCAAGCCACUGCUUUAGUAUUGGCAAAUGCUGUACAUUUUAAAAGUGGGUGGGCACAUACAUUUAAUGAUGCAGAAGACGAUUCUUUUUAUCUGACUCCAAACAACAAAGUAACAGUCAAAAUGAUGACUUUAAGACAUGAUUUGCAAUACUACCAUGAUAAUGACCUAAAAUUUGCUGCUCUUGAAUUACCAUAUGAACAUCAUGCUUUCAAAAUGAUGAUUUUGUUGCCUGACGCUAAAGAUGGCUUGCAAGAGCUGGAGAAUAAUUUUUCAAAAAUUAACUUACAUGAUAUUUCAAAGAAAAUGACCCAAUAUCAUGUUACUGUCAAAUUACCUCGUUUCAAAUUAGAGCAUUCACUUCAAUUAGAAGAAGUCUUAUCAAAUCUUGGAUGUCCAACAAUGUUUACACGAGCGGCAAACUUUUCUAACAUUGUUGAAAGUGGUGAUCUAUUUGUGAGUAAGGUUCUGCAUAAAGCAUAUGUUGAUGUCAAUGAAAAAGGAACUGAGGCUGCAGCAGCUACAGGAAUGACUAUGCUUACCCGGUGUUUGAUGACCCCCAGAGCAUACGACGAAGUUGAAUUUUUCGCAAAUUGUCCAUACAUCUUCUUUAUAAUGGGCCAAAACAAUGAACUUUUAUUUUUUGGCCGAGUACAAAAUUUAUCUGAAAAUUAAAAAUCAAAUGUCCUAUUAAUAGUUAGUUACCCAUUUCAAUUUUAUCAGUACUUUCACACAUUUUUAUUAUUUCAUGGUUAGUUUAUUAUUGUUAGCCUUACGCACAUGUUAACCAUAUUCUCAAACAUAAAUGUUUGUUUGCUAACUAUUUUUAUCAUUGAAAACUAUUUUUAUAGUAAAAUAAUUUGUUAUUGCCAAUACUGAUAUAUUAUUUAUAUUAUUUAAAGAGUAUUGUUAUUUAUUUCACGUUUUACGUUUGAGUACAUUGCAGGUGAAUAUUUCAUUAUCUAUUUUUAAUACUAUAAUUUAAUUACAUAUAAUGGACAAUUGAAUAUUUCAGUUUUUAACCAUUUGAUCUGAACAAAAGUUAUAAAGAGUAUAAAAUAUUAUAAGCGUAUAGUAAUAUUGUGUAAGUUGAUUAAUUUUCUGUUUUUAAUUAUAGUUGUUGAAAGCUAAUAUAUAUAAUACAUAUAAUAUUAAACAUAUUUUUCUAUUUAUUAUAUUGUUAUUUUUUUUUAUUUAAUUAAACAUGUUUAGUU